GUGCUUGAAAACAGAGCCACACACGGACACACUGUUACACGUCAUCACGCACAUACACACGCGCUGUUUUAGUGCUCUGUUCCUCGGUCAACGUGCGUUAUGAAGCGCGCGCCUGGAUAACAACCGGUCUGGUGUUUUUUUUUUUUUUUUUUUUGCUUUUUAUUAUUUCUGCUUUUAGUGCAAGUGUCAUUUCAGGGUUUUUUUUUUCUUCUUCAUCAUCUUCUUCCUCGAGCUGAAUUGGAUUUUACUUUAUAAUGAUUUUGGAUAUGCGCAAACGGGAUGAAGAGAAGCCCUUUCCUGCCCGCAGAAGUAAAAUAAAAUAGGGUUUCAUUUACAGCGGACUUAAUCCUCUCGUUCCCUAUGAAGAAGUCAAAAAUUUGGAUACGUACCUGUGUCCAUUUGUUGCUUUACAUCACGGUUGCUGCCUAUUCCAGUGAAAUCGGAAAUCCCAUAACAGAUGACAUCAAGAAAAUUUCAUUGCUGAAACAGAAUAUUCCAAAAGACUACAAGAUCACCGUACAAUAUUUGCCUAAAGAAGUGAGUGGUAUGUGCUGGGUGAAGCUCAACGUAUUCCACUUAGAGGCUAGUUUAAAAGACCUGGCCCAGAAGUUUGGGAAUAUUUCCUCCAACAAAGAUUACAUAGAAACGUUUGUCCAGAUGUUAAAAGAGAUGCGAUAUAUCAUCGGACAACACUUGGAGGAUUCCAUGCUGGAGUUUCAGUGCCACUACAGAGAGGAGAAAUGGCUCACGCCUCGCUAUUUCCAAUUCGUAGAAGACUUUUUUAACACGGCCAAUUCGUUGAAAGGAGACAAAGACUGUGAGCCUCCACCGUGUCCCACCACCACAAAACCCACGCAGACGACGACUGUGGCGACAGAGUCGCCUUCGCCGAAUCAAACCGGUAGCCCAUCUUCCGAGAGCACAAAAGAAGGCUCCAUGGAUCCGAGGACAUUUCCGCCGGCGGUGAAGACGAGUCUCUAUUCUCUCCUUUUUAUUCCCGUCAUCGCCGCCGUGUUCCUGCUCGUCUGGAAGGUGAGGUCCAGAGGAAAUGCCCCUUUGCCCCAGAGUAGUACAGAAGAUCCGCCUCUGUUUAUUGGAGCCAAGCCCAGCGCACCACCGCUAGAUGAGGACAUAUCUGAAAACAAAAGAUUAAACAACAUCUGCACAGUGUAACGCCAUCCAUCUUCAUCACAACCGAUUGUACAGUUGGACGAAAAGGCAGCGACUCGAGAUCCACACAUCUGACUUCCUAUUCUCUCAGCUUUGAGGGACAAGUACUGACCUCGAAGAAUGAAGAACCGAGUUACGAUGAUGUUUCUGAGAACAAUAGUCGCACCUUUUCUGUGGUAGAAGGGUGGAGGAGGAGGAGGAGGAGGAGGAGGAGGCAGAGGAAAAAAUUGAUGACCUGACUGUGAUUCAUGCAUGGAGAUCACACACGAGGGGAAAAAAACAACCCUGUCAAAUCCAGCUGAAGAGCCUUAGUUCAGCGCAGCUGAGAGUUUCCGAAUAAUCCAGAACAACUGCGAAGAAGAAGAAGAAGAAGAAGAAGAAGAAGAAGCGAAGGCAAGAAGCGACUGCAUUUCGUCCUCUUCCCUCCUGCUUCCUGUUUGGUCGAGUUCUCUUGCUCUUUGUGUCUGAGCUUUGGAUAUCCUACUUGUUUUAAUCAUUUUCAUAACAAAAAAAUAUUCUUCAGUCGUUUCAUCUGAAUCGUGUUUCUGAUUUUUUUUUUUUUUUUAUUGUUGCUUAACUGGUGGUGUGGAAUUAAUUUAUUUAUUUUGUUUCUCAGAAUAUGUUCUAAAAGUAAAAAGAGUUUUUUUUUUUUUUGCUGCUCCCGCGUGGGUCGUCAGGCGACGAGGUUGUGGAAGUGCAACGCUCCAAUUCUGUGCUCUUUAAACCACAGCUGUUGCGCUAUAACUCGGGCCCUCGGGCCAUCUAAUUACUGUCAGGUCUUUUACAUUUACAACCUGUUCGCUGCAUUUACGGAAUUUAUAACCGCGGCUUCGUGCGGAGCUUCACGCUGAGCUGCGAUCCGUGAGUUCGAUCCGGAAUCGGUUCAGCUUUCGCACGCUGCUGCCAGUUUAAAUAGAAGAUAUGAACUCUAAUGUCUUACACGAUAAUCACCCGAAACCUUCGGAUUAACACCUGAUUCUGUUUAAUUACGGUUUGUAACGUGUUUUGUUAUUAACAUGUCAUUAAAUAAGAUGAUAAAAUUCUCAAAAAAAAAAAAACCAACAACAACAACAAAAACAGGACAUCUGUGUAUGUAUAUCUCUAAAUCCAGCUUACUGUAGGUUUUUUUGUUUGUUUGUUUGGUUUGCUUUAACAUCACGACACGCUUUUUUUGCUCGGAACGUGUCACAAAAGCGAGCGUGUCUGAUUUUCUUACGGAUUGAACCUUUUUUUAAAACAAAGUCCCCAUUACGCUGAUGUGUGUGUGGAAUAGUAAUAAUAAUAAUAAUAAUAAUAAUAAUAAUAAUAAUAAGAGAGCAUCAGUUAAAACCCUUAAUCGAGGAUCUCUUAACUAACACUGUUCUCCUCGAGUCAGAUCAUUUGAUUCACCGAAGCCGAAGAGUCGACUCUUUCGAAUCCUGGUCGACCAUUUUGUUUAAAAGCAGACAAACAAUUUUUAAAAGUGUUUGUUUGUGUAAUAUUUGGGUCAUUAGAACACUGUUUGUGACACUUAACACCGAUGCUGUCUUAACAUGCGCUGUUUUCAGUGAGUCAAAUCGUACGCUUCAACAACGAUCGAGAUUUGACUCUCUUGGUUCGAAGUCGGCCAUUUUUUCUUUUGAAACCAGACGAACACGUUUUGACCGUUUGUUUGUUUGUUAGUUUUUUGGGUCUACAUGAUGAUACAAAUUUAAGCGAUGCAUAAAUAUAUAUGAAUGAACAAAAUUUAAUUUAUUUAUAGGUAAAUAAAUAGCGUCGGCUUUAUCCGGUGUUUAUUCUAGCUAUUUUUAUAACUGUAAACACGGUGAGUUCGUUCGGCUCAUAGAAGAAGAGACGCUUUUUGGAGGGAAAUAAUCGACAGAUUAGGCGAUAGUUGACGAUUUUCAUAAAUAACGGCACCUCCGAAAAUGUGGCGAUGAUUACAAUUUCAAAAUGUUUUACUAGAUAAAAUGAAUUCAAUAAAAAUGGACUUUCUAAUGCGAUUAUACAUCCAUUGUGAAUCUUCUAUAAAACAGUCCUUAACUAACCAGUGUCUCUCUUUUUUUUCCCUUAAAUGCGACCCUAAAACGCGUGUACGUGAGCGCCAACACUGGAGACUUCCUUCCGUAACGUACAGAAAUCACGUCACGACUUUUUUUUCUUAAGUAAGUGUGUUUGUGUAAGUCUGUUCAUUUUUAACGAACUAUUAAACUGAGGUCGUUGAUGUAAACCCGCGAUCUAGAUGAUGAUUCAGAUGUCGGUUUAUUAAGAACGUUUCUGCGGUAGAAAUCUCGCUUCUGGCGAAUAACGGCUGUAUAAAUCAUGUUAGUUUUGUAACCUUAAAGUCAAGCGUUACCAAACAGUGUGUGAGUUUGCUCUUCUCAAGCUUCAGAAUGGCUUCAGGCUGAACGUGACUCAUCUCUAGCGCUCUGUGUGUGUGUGUGUGUGUGUGUGUGUGUGCGUGUGUGUGCGUGUGUGUGUGUGUGUGUGUGUGUGUGUGCGCGUGUGUGUGUGUGUGCGCGCGCAAAUGAGUGUCAGAAAUGUGCAUGCUCUUUUCUCUUUUUAUUCUGCUCCUCAGAGCCCAACGUGUACAUAUCGAUUUUUCUAACAGCUAUCAACAAAUGUAAUAUGUUUCAGACGAAUCUCUGCGAUUCGUUAUGGUCUUUUUUUUUUUUUUUUCUUUCAUAACCGGAACGAUCCUCUCAUGGGAUGCGUUCUCUCAUGGGUCGUAACGAUCUGUGUGGGAAUGAACUGCUGCUGCUGUUGCUGCUGCUGCUGCUGCUUCGAUGCAUGUAUACCACUUUUUAACAAUUUUAUAUAUGUAUAUAUAUAUAUAUAUAUAUAUAUGUAUAUAUAUAUAUAUAUAUAUAUAUAUAUAUAUAUAUAUAUAAAGUAAAUCUCUGGUAUAAAUCUGUUUCCCUGAUCAUGCAUUAUCACUAAGUUUUCUUCUGGAGACACGGCCUGGAACGCCGCAGAAAGCCAGAAACUGAAAUCUGCUCGUUUUGGAACGUUUACAGCUUUCUAUUCAUUACGGCAGCAACUCGAAUCAGUUUCUUUUUUUAAUCCACGUUUUUAAAAAACUAUCCUCUUUCACCACAACUAAUCGACGUAUUGACUUCUAUACCAGUAACGGAAUAAAAGACGAGGUUGUGUGAGAACUAUUUACCCAUCGGACAUGAGAUACGUGUAGAAAUUCUGCAGUAGUGCUUUUUUUUUUUUUAAAUCAAUGUAGAAAAAAAAAAACAAAAAAAAAACACGGUUGCCGAUGUUACGAGCGUGUAUGCGCAUGUGGUCGAGUGUUCUGUUGUGUUGUGUUGUUUUGUGUUGUGUUUAAAUGGGAUUAGUUAUGAUAUUGUGCAAAACGUUAACGAGCCCCGUUCAGGGGAAGUGGGUUUUCAUUGUUCUUGUGUAACUGAGUGGAAUUUAAAAAAAUGAUUGAAUGAAUAAACAAAAACAACACGACCAGAUGUAACGAGUUUAAGAAGAAUAGUUUUACCACAAGAGUAAUCAUCAUAGACGUUCUUGCAGAGACUUUAUUGCAUAUUAUUUUCAUUUUGUUCGUGUGGAGAAAGGCUUAAGCUGUGAAACUUUAAAUGAUGGCAUCCUUUUUUUUUGUUUUGUUUUGUUUUAAAUCGACCCACCUAAGAGCCUCUGACCUCACAUCUGUGGACAUCAUGCGACACGCCAUGGACUUACUGAAGGCCGUCAUGUAUCUGAGACUGAUUUCUGCCGUGUGUGUGUGUGUUUGUGUGUGUGUAUACAGUAUGAGAACGCUUCAUCUGGGACAAAUCCUCGUGUCUGGACGUGAGGUUCAAAAAAAAAAUGUCCUUUGUGGAGUUGCAGGAAGAAGAAAACUCACCUGGCAUGUCACCUGCCUUUAAAAAUCUUUUAAUAAAUAAAUAAGUAAAUAAAUAACCUGUUCCUGUACGUUUGGACUGUCAUGCGGCAAGAAGGCUCUUAGUCAAGGAAGAUCGUCAGGGUGCCAAAAGAUAUAAGUAAUUGUGGCCCAGUUGAUGUGAUAUCUGGGUGACAGUCUACUGUAUUCUGUAUUUUUAUAUGAAUAUAUGCAUAUAAUGAAAAUAUAUGUAUGAGAUGUGAAUAAAGUACAUUUAUCCAACACUGCUCUGGAAAUCCUCACAA